UGAAAACUAUUUAGAAGAAAAGGGUUUAAGAUAAGGGAUAUUUAGGAUAUUCUUUAAGAAUGUUAUUAAGAAAUAUUAUCUUAAAGACUUUAUCUAAUAAUUAUGUUAAAAAAGGGCUUUAUUUGGUGCGGAAAAACUCUCAAAAGGUUCAAGGACAGGUUAUUGGGAUUGAUUUAGGAACAACGAAUUCAUGUGUUGCAGUAAUGGAUGGAAGAUUACCUCGUGUGAUUGAAAAUUCAGAGGGAUCUAGAACUACGCCAUCAGUAGUUGCAUUUACUAAGGAGGGUGAACGUUUGGUUGGUGUUGCAGCACGACGUCAGGCUAUUGUUAAUCCUGAAAAUACAUUUUUUGCUACGAAACGGCUUAUUGGGAGACGUUAUGAUGACGUUGAGGUUAAAAAGGAUAUUGAUCAGGUUCCAUAUAAAAUUAUCAAAUAUACAAAUGGAGAUGCAUGGCUUGAGGCACGUGGAGAAAAAUAUAGUCCGAGUCAGAUCGGGGGAUUUAUAUUAAAUAAAAUGAAGGAAACGGCUGAAAGUUAUCUUGGAAGACCGGUUAAAAAUGCUGUUGUGACAGUUCCAGCAUAUUUUAAUGAUUCUCAACGUCAAGCAACAAAGGAUGCGGGAUCAAUUGCUGGUUUAACGGUUCAGCGAGUAGUAAAUGAGCCUACUGCAGCAGCACUUGCCUAUGGUCUCGAUAAAGAAACAGAUAAGGUGGUUGCAGUAUUUGAUCUUGGUGGAGGAACAUUUGAUAUUUCAAUUCUGGAAUUAAAUCAAGGCGUUUUUGAGGUAAAGUCAACGAAUGGUGAUACACAUCUUGGCGGCGAAGAUUUUGAUAUUACUUUGGUUCGUUAUAUUGUCGAUCAAUUUAAGAAAGAACAAGGAAUGGAUUUAUCAAAGGAUCGUAUGGCUAUUCAACGUAUUCGUGAAGCAUCGGAAAAGGCAAAAGUCGAGCUUUCAUCAACUGUUUCAACAGAAAUUAAUUUGCCUUUUAUUACAGCAGAUGCUACUGGGCCUAAACAUAUCAAUAUUAAGAUAACUAGAUCACAACUUGAAAAACUUGUUGAACCUCUUAUCAAAAGGACAAUUGAGCCGUGUAGAAAGGCAAUUAAGGAUGCAGGUAUCCCAUUUUCAUCUAUUAAUGAAGUUAUUCUUGUUGGUGGAAUGUCUCGUAUGCCUAAAGUUAUUGAGACAGUUCGGAAUGUAUUCGGGCGGGAGCCUGCAAAAUCUGUAAAUCCCGAUGAAGCGGUUGCUAUGGGUGCUGCUAUUCAGGGAGGCGUCCUUUCUGGAGAGGUCAAAGAUAUCAUUCUUCUUGAUGUAACUCCUCUUUCUUUAGGUAUUGAGACCUUAGGUGGUGUAUUUACUCGUUUGAUUACUCGAAAUACGACAAUACCAACAAGAAAAUCUCAAGUGUUUUCUACUGCAGCUGAUGGACAAACAGCCGUUGAAAUUAAAGUAUAUCAGGGCGAACGAGAACUUGUUCGUGAUAAUAAGUAUCUUGGAAAUUUUGUAUUAAGCGGACUUCCUCCUGCUCCCAAAGGGGUACCUCAAAUUGAAGUAACAUUUGACAUUGAUGCAGAUGGAAUCGUUAAUGUUUCUGCUAAAGAUAGAGGAACUGGCAAAGAUCAAUCUAUAGUUGUUGCUGGCUCAUCUGGAUUAUCUGAGUCAGAAAUUCAAGCUAUGAUAGAUGAGGCAUCUAAAUAUGCUGAAGUGGAUAAAUCACGAAAAGAAUCUAUCGAAGCUGCUAAUCGUGCGGAUACUGUUGUACAUGAUACACAGAAGGCUUUGACUGAUUUUGAAGCACAAAUUGAAAAAGAAGAGGCAGAUAAAAUACGUUCUUCUAUAUCUGAAUUAAGAGAAUUGAUUGCUAAAGCACAAUCUGGCGAAACAAUAUCUUCCGAUGAAUUGAAAAAUAAAACGUCAGAAUUGCAGCAGGAUUCUUUAAAGUUAUUCGAAAAUGCAUAUAAAAAGAAACAAGAAGCGCAACAAAAUCAACAGUCUGCUGAACCUGCUGGAAAUGAAGAAAAAAAGGAUUAA